AUGAAUAAUAACAAUAACAAACCUUAAUCUGAAGUCAGAGCUAAAGUUGAUUUUGGAUUGAUUCAUAAAAAUGACAUCCCAUAAAAAAGAAUUUAUUCUGCAAUUGAAUCUAACUAAAAGAAUAAUAUUUAGGAUUAUAAAUAAGUUGAUUCAAAUGGAACAUUGAUAGAACAAUUAAAUUCUAUAGUGUAAGAUUACCUUUUGAGAAGUAAUUAUUUAAAAACAUUGGAGUAUUUUAAAGUAGAAUCAUAAUUUGCAUUAGAAAAAUUAAAUUAAACACAAUAUAUUCUCUUAGGUCACUUUGAUAGAGGAGAAAAAGAUAAGUUUCUGGAAUUAUGGAGUCGAUACAUACCAAUACAAUAAAGACAAGAUAAUGAAUAUUGGAAGCUAGAGUUUCAUGUUUAAAUUUAUUUUCUUAUUUACCCUAUUCAUCCAAUGUUUAAGAAGAAAGGUGUGAUUGAUAAUAAUUCAAUUAAUCAAUUUAAACAAUAUAUUGAUACUAAUGGAAAUGAUUUAUCAAAGAGUAAUGAAGUAAUGCCAUUUUAUGCAUUGCCAUAUGUAAAAAAUCCUGAAAUGCAUCCAAACUUUUAAUAUAUUUUCACUCAUGAAUGGAUUUCUAACUUGAGAUUAAAACUAAAAGAGUUUUUAUAAUCCGUUUAUGGUUAAGAAUAAAAUGGAAGUAUUUUAAAAAGAUUAUUAUUAUCUAAGGAAGGAUCCUCUAAUAUUUAAUAAUAAGAUUUUCAGAAAAAGAUGACAGAAAACAUAAGAUUAUUGUAAUAAGAAAAUAAUGAAUUAAGAAAAAAAAUUAAUUAAUUAAUUUAGGAAUUAUAAUAUAUAAAUAAUACAGGAUAAUUAAAUCUAUUUGAGGUUUAGAAAAAAUGGUUUUAAUUCACAAGAGAUUUGUUAAAAAUGGAGAAAGAUAUGAUUAAAUAUAUUGAAAGUAAUAGGAAAAAUCCUGAAUAACUCUAAUUAUUCAAAAAGAAGAUUGGAUAAUAUGAUCUAUUCUUAGGUGAGAAUUUAGAUGAAAAAAUUAAUAAAUUAUAGGAUAUAACCUAUCAAGAUAAGUUCACUUAACCUGAUCAUGAUCUGUCUGAUUUAACUAAUUAAUAAUGUAUUUUUUUAUUUAAAGAAUAGAAAUGAUAACAUCAUAAUAAUCAAUAGAAGAGUAUGUUCCAUUAAAUUAUGAAAAGCUUAUUAAAUUAUUUACCAAAAAUAGUAAUCCAGUUUUAGUUGCAACAGUACUAUAGGCUUUGAGAUGGAGAAUAACAAGGGCAAAAAGUGCAUUAGAAAGAAGGUCAGUAAUUAUCGCAUAUUAAACACAUGAUUUAAUUGGAGCACAUUAAAGAAACAUUGGAUUGGCUUAAUAUUUGAUGAUGAAAUCUGCAUAUAUAAUUUAAUGCUAGGUUUUGAAAUUAAUGAAUGCUUUGGCUUCUGAUUAUGUUGGUAGAACUUACUUGACUAGCAAUAAAAAUUUAAUUAAGUUUUUAAUUGAAUCAAUAAAAAAUGAUUAAACUGAUUCAAUCAAGAGAAAGAAUGCCAUUGGAACUUUAUAAAAAUUGUCACUAAGAAAAUAAAGUCAAAGUUGGAUGCUUGACAAUGACAUUAUUUAAGUUGCUUUAAACAUUCUAAAAAGAGUAUUAAUUUAUUUUUUAAGAAUAGGAAAAAUUUCAAUUAAGUGAAUAUACUUAUGAAUAUAUCACUGCUUUAAUUAUGAAUUUAUCAUUGAGUCCAAGAGGGAGAGAUUCUUUAUCAAUUAAUAAAGAAUUAGCAUUUGAAGUCUUAUUUUAAUUAAUUGAAUAUCCUAAUGAUUAGAUUAGAACCUUCAUUAAUGGAACAUUUUAUUCAAUGUUUAGUAGAAGAGACUUAAGAAAAUAUGCUUAUUAAUUAAAUAUACAUCAAGAAUUACCUAAAAUAUUAAAAAUUAGUGAUGAUAGAUUUAAGAAAUAAAUUCAAUCUAUGAUAGAAUUAUUAAAAACUAAUGAUGAUGAUUAUUAACAAUAAUAAUUAGAAUAAGAUAAUGAUGUGGAUGAUUUGUAAGAUGGUGAAGAAUAGCUAGUUGAUGAUGAUGAUGAUGAUGAAGAUGAUUUAUAAAAUAAUGAUAUAAUAAUAGGAGAAGAACUAUUAAAGAAUGAAUUUGCUUUAGAUGGUGAAUAAGCAGAACAAUAAAGAUAAUUGAUUGAAUCAAUCAUACAAAAAUAAUUAUUAUAAAGAAGCAUUUAAUAUGAAUAAUUAACAGACUCUUAUUUAGAGAAAAAGCCUCUUCGAUGUAUAUAUAUAUAUUAUAAAUAGAAGGACCAUUCAUAGUUGACAGUCAACUAUCAUUGGUUAAUAUCAAAAAAUAAAUUGCUAAUGGAAAUCCAUAAUAAUCAGAUAAAGAAUUUGUAUCUAGACCAAACAUUCCUAGAACUCCUCCAUAAUAAUAAUCAGAUAAAGAAUUUGUAUCUAGACCAAACAUUCCUAGAACUCCUCCAUAAUAAUAAUCAGAUAAAGAAUUUGUAUCUAGACCAAACAUUCCUAGAACUCCUCCAUAAUAAUAAUCAGAUAAAGAAUUUGUAUCUAGACCAAACAUUCCUAGAACUCCUCCAUAAUAAUAAUCAGAUAAAGAAUUUGUAUCUAGACCAAACAUUCCUAGAACUCCUCCAUAAUAAUAAUCAGAUAAAGAAUUUGUAUCUAGACCAAACAUUCCUAGAACUCCUCCAUAAUAAUAAUCAGAUAAAGAAUUUGUAUCUAGACCAAACAUUCCUAGAACUCCUCCAUAAUAAUAAUCAGAUAAAGAAUUUGUAUCUAGACCAAACAUUCCUAGAACUCCUCCAUAAUAAUAAUCAGAUAAAGAAUUUGUAUCUAGACCAAACAUUCCUAGAACUCCUCCAUAAUAAUAAUCAGAUAAAGAAUUUGUAUCUAGACCAAACAUUCCUAGAACUCCUCCAUAAUAAUAAUCAGAUAAAGAAUUUGUAUCUAGACCAAACAUUCCUAGAACUCCUCCAUAAUAAUAAUCAGAUAAAGAAUUUGUAUCUAGACCAAACAUUCCUAGAACUCCUCCAUAAUAAUAAUCAGAUAAAGAAUUUGUAUCUAGACCAAACAUUCCUAGAACUCCUCCAUAAUAAUAAUCAGAUAAAGAAUUUGUAUCUAGACCAAACAUUCCCAGAACUCCUCCAUAAUAAUCAGAUAAAGGAUUUUUAUAUAGACCAAAGAUUCCCAGAACUACUCCAAAUCAAUAAGAUUAUUGA